AUGUGUGUGAUAUAGAAGUGUAAAGCAUUUAACUUUUCAUACCAAAAUGCUGAGCUCAUCAUAGAGCGUAGAAAAGUUCUGCCAGCAGCAGCAGCAGCAGCGAAAGGAGCCUUUGCCCCCCCCCACCAAACUGCGCCCGUGUCGAGUGUUGGCCUGUUGUUUGUGAUGUUAUGUUUAUGGUAAUGAGAAAGGUGAUAAUUUGUGUGACCAAGCGCCUUAAAGGCUGUUGAGCAAUGCGCAGCGGCCGGAGGCAGACGACAACAGCCUUACCCUAAGCCAGAGCCAAAAUUCAAAUAGGAAUUGCGACCGCAGGCAGCAGCAGCAGCAGCUGAAAGCACUUUACGUCCGGGUUAAGAUAACGUUAAGCAAAAGCUACGGCUGCACAACGACAACAACAACGACGAGGACGACGACCAGGACCAGGUCGACGACUAGAAAGCGCACAUGGCGAGCUGGAGCUGGAGCAUCUUGUGCGCAACGCUGUUGGCCGGCCUCACGUUACUCACGGUGACCCAUACGGUGCGCAUUACCAAUCUCCGGGUGCCGCACACUUACACACUCGAACGUGAUAAUGAGCCCGAUCCUUUGGUGUUGGACUGCGAGUACGAGAUGGGGCCAAGGGAGAAGGGCUUUGUGCUCAAGUGGCUGUUCAAUAAUCACUCCAUCUAUCAAUGGAUACCAUCCGUAAAGGGUUUUGCCAUGGGCUUCAUGAAGGCAAAGAUAGACACCAAAAUAUUCACCAUGGAGGGCAGUCCCGGUGUUAUAUCGAUAAAGAAUCCCGACUGGAACAUGACGGGGGAAUACACCUGUGCCGUGCAAACCUUUGAGUCCACGGAUAAGCGAAGUGCCCGCUUACAAAUAAUCGUUCCUGAGUCGGAUUUCAUGCUGGAGGCACGCAUGGGUGGCGAGCAGACAGACGUGGACAUAAUGUGUGCCGUGCAGAAUGUUUUCCCCCAGCCGGUGCUAUCCGUCAUUUUUGAUACACAUAUACUGGACUCGGUGCUGACGCAAUUGGAUCAGAAUCCCAGUGGCCUGUACAGCAUGACAGUGCGGACGCGCAUUCCUAGAGAUCAACUCGAAUCACCCACACCGAUCACAUGUGCGUUUUUCCUGCUCGGCACUAACUAUACCAAGCGCAGGGAAACUAUUUUCUAUGAUAAAGCCACAAAUAUACAACGCAAAUGGACAACAGUCGCCGUAGUUAUGUCGAUCGCAUCUUUAGCUUUAAGCAGUUAGUUUGGUAGUGUUUUUUGUAGGCUAUGUACGUAUUUGUUUUUAUGUUCGUAUAGAAUGUUUAAAAAGAAUUUCAUUUUUAAAUAGAAUUUUAAAACGAUAAACGUAAUUUUUUGCGGUAUUUUUAAAAAAGCGCUUAUUUUGUAAAUGCAUGUAAAUGUAAGAGAAACGAAUGAUACACACACACGCAUACAGUAAUACACACAUAUACACACACAUACACUCAAAUACAUACAAAAGUAAGAAAGAAAA